AGUGGAGGAAGUCAUGCUACCCCGCAGAGUUGGCGUGUAUUCUAGAUUCAUCCCGGCACCACCAUGUCGAAGAUUUCCUUUAAGAUCAUGCUGACAUCUGACCCGAUGUCUGAUGCCAUACAAAGUACUCUGUGUUCCUGAAAGUACACCUUUCACAGCAGUCUUAAAGUUUGCAGCCGAAGAAUUUAAAGUUCAUGCUGCAACAAGUGCAGUUAUUACCAAUGAUAGAAUAGGAAUAAAUCUUGCACAGACUGCUGGAAAUGUUUUUCUAAAACAGGGUUUAGAACUGCGGAUUAUUCCUAGAGAUCAUGUUGGAAGUUGUGAAUAUCUACUACCUGGGCCGGGCGCG